ACUUCACACUUUACAUUAGUGUCACUGAGCUCCCUGCGCUCUGUCCUCUUUAGUCUUCAGUUUUCCUCCUCAUCCAUGUUCAAUCAUACAAUACAAUCAUCUUAUAACUGAAAGAUGUCCUACUUUCACUAAACUCAUUUCCUAUAUGACUCUACCUGCUGUAAAUGUCAUAGAGGAAGCCUCACCUGUUAUAUUUACAAUGCAUCUUAUUGUCUUGGGUAAAUAUUACAAUACAUCUGCUUUCGGUUGGCUUUUCUUUCUCCUUACUUUCUCUGCAGGUUUCAGUGUCACACUGCAGAGGCAGCUAAGUUGGAGGCCGAUGUGUCAAAAGCUCAGGACACGAUCACUGCUGCCCAGCAGCUUAUAUCACAACUGGACGGAGAACACACACGCUGGAAUGCACAGAUGUCCGAGAUAAAGAAUGAGUUGGAUACGCUCCCUGUUAGAGCCUUGCUUGCGGCAGCCUUCAUCACCUACCUGUCUGCAGCUUCGGAAGACCGUAGACGACAGUGUCUGGACUCGUGGAUGGCUCACUCUGGACUACAGAAGUUUGACUUGCGAUCAUUCCUGUGCUCGGAGAGUGAACAGUUGAUCUGGAAGAGUCAAGGGCUGCCAUCAGAUGAUCUCUCAAUGGAGAACGCACUGGUUAUACUGCAGAUCAAUGCACUCAAGUUGAAGAGUGUUGCGUGUCCAUUCCUGAUCGACCCAUCAUCCCGAGCUACAGAGUGGCUAUGUACACAUCUCAAACAGCACAGAUUAGAGGUUAUCAACCAGCAGGAUAAUAACUUCAUGACAUCCCUAGAGCUGGCAGUCAGAUUUGGAAAAACCCUUAUCAUCCAAGAGAUGGAUGGAGUUGAACCUGUGCUCUAUCCGCUGCUGAGGAGAGACCUAAUAGCACAGGGUACUCACACAUUCUCACAAGCACAAACACCAAUUUCAUACAAAGUUGGGCUGAAGAACUCUUUUGGGCAUAAUUCAGAGGCUUAAGCAACCUCAGGUUGCUGACUACUCACCUCUAUCCAGGGGCUACUUUUCUGCAGCGUAGUGAAAUCCCAUUCUGAGGGAUAUUGCCUCAAAGUUUAAUUAACCAAUCCUGACUAGUGCAUUGGGCCAUCACAGUACUUCUUCUCACUCUCAAAAGCCUUACUCUGUAAAAUAUUAAGUAAAUCAAAUGGUUAAACAUUGACUAUUCAUGUUUUAUUUUAUAUUCAGACAAGACCUUUCCUCAAUACAGUCACAGUAAAGGGAAAGUUAAAAGAACUCAGACAAAAUGCAGAAGCACCCCUCAUUUCUCUAUAAUUUACUUCAAAGUUGCCAGACUUCUAAUAUGUUUUAAUUGGUCUUCAGUGUUUUAGUUUUGGACAUGUUUUUUUUCCACUCAUUUUCAGGCCUUCUAUCUUACCAUUGUUUUUUGUUUGUUCGGUUGCUUA